GCCAGCACCAUGGUGAACUGGACAGCUGAGGAGAAGCAGCUCAUCACCUGCCUCUGGGGCAAGGUCAACGUCGCCGAGUGCGGCGCCGAGGCCCUGGCCAGGCUGCUGAUCGUCUACCCCUGGACCCAGAGGUUCUUUGCCUCCUUUGGGAACCUGUCCAGCGCCACUGCUGUCACUGGCAACCCCAUGGUCCGUGCCCAUGGCAAGAAGGUGCUGACCUCCUUCGGGGAGGCCAUCAAGAACCUGGAUGGCAUCAAGAAGUGCUUUGCUCCCCUAAGCAAACUGCACUGCGACAAGCUGCACGUGGACCCCGAGAACUUCAGGCUCCUGGGUGACAUCCUCAUCGUGGUGCUGGCCGGACACUUUGGCAAGGACUUCACCCCCGAGUGCCAGGCUGCCUGGCAGAAGCUGGUGCGUGUGGUGGCCCACGCCCUGGCCCACGAGUACCACUGA